GCUGGGACGCCGCUUUCUUGAAGCCGAUUCUCAGGGCUUCGACGUUCAUUGUCGUUGGCUUAUACAUGUUCGUAUGAUAGAUAUAAGCCUGGUCGCUGGGCUUUUAAGCUAUUCAUGCGGUUUUCGCGCAUGAAAGAGUGGCAGAACGUUUGAGCUUAUUGGCCUGUUGUCAUGGAGAAGUUGAGAAGGAUUGUUUCAUAUAAACAGCCUACACCAAAAUCGAAAGGCCAGCUUCAACAACCAAGCCACAACCACGUAUCACAGAAUGCUGAUCUGGACGAGUGGGUUGAUUUCACGAUUCCGUCAAUCGGACACUUCGAGUCUUAUACGCCGCGGACGAACCUAACGAAUUAUCAGCCUCAAGGCUCUCCACCCUUUCCGAAUGACCCUCAGUUGAUUCAGGAUGUCCUCAGUAAGGUGGAUAAACAAUACUAUUCGAUGACAUUCGAUUCCGGGAAGUACGAAAUUGAAACCUCAGCAGGGCCUAGUUGUCGCCAGCUGGAAGAGUUGAAACGUCGACUUCAGAUCCUGGAGAAUCAGAAUAAAGCUGUGUCACGACGCGUAUCUGAACUUAUUUUGGAAAAGCAUCCUCUCUAUGAAGCCGAGCUGAAAGGUGUGCUUCUACUUCAGGCAGACAACUUGGAGACUCUUGAACUUUGCCGACGUAUAAGGAAUUCUCUUAAAUCGUCGGCAAACGUGUUGGUGAUAUCAAGGCUAACUGUGCUACGAAAUUAUCGCCGCCGUCUCCGGUUGCUUAAAGCACUCCAUGUGAUACGACAUAUUCGAGCAUUGCAAAACAGCAUACAUCAUCUCGAUUCGUUGUUGAUGGAGGGUUCCUUCUAUGCGGCAAUUGAAGUGCAUCGCGAGAGCUUGGUACUUCUAGAGGACUGUCGACAGUAUCGUUGCAUUGAACCCAUUCAUUUGAAACUCAAGGCAUUGGGUUCACGUAUCGAUGACUUGUUGGACAAUGAACUUGAGAAAAGUUGUGAGCACUUCAGCGAGGAUUCCUAUGCAAUGGUUCAGCACGCUUUCGAGCUAUUAGGAAGUACACAGACCAUGUUUGCACAACUCCAGAUGCACUAUGUCGCUGCGAUUCAGCGUCGUUCUUUAUCCACCGUCCGGUCUUAUUUGGACUCAUUGGAGGACACUGACGAAGCACCUGGUUCGGAAACAAUGUCAAACUACGCCGAACUUUGUGAUCGUCUGUCUAUGGAAGGUCUACCGUCCUGUUUGUCCGAUGCAUGUCAGAGUCUGUGGAUUAUUCUGCUGUGCUAUCACCGCACGACUUUAUGGCACCAGAACCGUGCUUGUUCACAUCUUCGAGACAGAGUUGAAGAUGGUAUUUCGACAAAACCACGAACCUCACGAGUCCCUGACAGUUCCUUACAUGAGCACGAGACUAAUCUGGUAGAUGCCUCGGCCCCCGAAACUGUUCCAUCGAAUCAUUCCGAGUCACAGGAUUAUGAAUGCGAUGAAGAGGUAGGCCAACCACAACUGAUACGGCAGUGGCACGAAUACGUGGUGAGCAAACUGAAUGCCAGCCGGAAUCGCAUUUGGUCUGAAGUUUCUUGUCGUGUAGAGACCAUACUGAAAGCUAUGGGACGAUUCGUUACGGAAAUGUCUUUCAAGCAGAUAUCCUUCAUUUUACAGACGGUCAAUCACUUUGUCAAAAUCGGACAGGAAUUUUCAGGAUCCACAGGUUCCGAUUUACUGGAAUUCCUUCGCACGUCCAUUCACGCAUUUUUCAAGGAGUUCCACCGGAAGCAUUUAGAACGCCUCCGUGUAUUUCUGGGAAACGAAACCUGGGAGUUUUGUCCUGUGAAGUCUUCUUUCACCGUCCUAGAUCUGCAGACAUCAUCAAAUCCUGUUGAUGAUCGGAACACUGGACCAUUGUUGUCUAGCACAACACUAGAAGUGCUCCGAUUGAUCGGUCGUUAUCUCCAAAUGAUGCGCUUGUUACAACCGAUUGCUGCUGAAGUAAUGCACUGCAUUUGCCAAGUCUUCGAUUACUAUUUGUACUCUAUUUUUUCCUUCUUUGGGCCGAUCCAAUCAUUGGAUUCUGUGGAAAUACCUGAUCGUCUUCGCCUGACACUCAAGCGCAUCAACGAACGGUUGAUUGCCCCUGAGGAUCAUCCUGCUGUCAUAAAAGGUGAUCGCUUUCCGUUGCCCGUGCAUGAGCCUAUGCACGUAUUCAAUUCGGUAAAUCGGUUGAUGGAAACUAUGAUGGAUCCUGCAGCGUCUCCGAACAUUGUUGCAUUGUGCAGCAGUUACUUGCAGGCACAUUUUGUCGGUGUGGAAUCUGUGAUAUUUUUGUCUGACAUCUUCGAAUCGAUGUUACUUCCCCACUUGUCCACCUGUCUUCCGGAACGCAAACGUGGUCUCACUUCGGUCUUUCGCGAACAAGCCCUCACAGCUGCGCGGCAGUUAAGAGAGCCUUGCGCAAUGCAAAUUGCCCCUCAACUGGUCAAUUUAUUAUUGACGUCAAACUCAACCUCCGGUGUGUCAUCAGAUGCAGUGUCUCCGUCUAAUAUCAGUGGAACUAUUGCCUCCAGUUUCAGCAGGAUCUGGUCCGGGAACUCAACGGAAAAAGACUCGGUACCGCAACGCACCAACCGUCUGGUGUCCAGUGCACGGAACGAGCUAACUAAUGACACGAACUUCCUAACCAGUUGUAUAAGUUCCAUGUUGUGGACUCACAAAGAUGUAGCGACAACGCCAAGUUCGUAUGUGCACCAGUUGCACACUUCUGUACUGUCUCCAUUUGGUCGUAUUAUGCAAGCACUUGCCCAGAGACUCGGUCUCUGUGAUGCCUCCAAACUGGCCAUGUGGAAUGCUUUUCUCACAUGUGUUGGAAAUAUGCUGUUGAGCGCCUAUGGCCAAGUCCAGUUAUGUUCUGAGGAAGGUCGUGGUCAAAUGUUACUCGACGUACAGUCAAUUUCCGCGUUUGCCGAAAUGGAGAGCAAGAUUCGCUCGUUCCCCAAUUUGGAUCGUGUAAUCGAAUACAUCCAGGCAUUCUACGUACCAGUACACGAAUGGGAACACUGGUUGACGCACACUGGUACGAAGUACUCGCGUGCUCAGCUCACUGGCCUUGCUCACUGUCUCGCUCGUGGGGAUCGGAGGCAACGACAGCGUCUUUUGAAUACAAUCAAUCAAAUUUACGGAUCCUCCGGUAUACAAGCCAGUACAGCCAUUCCAAAUAUAAGCACCUAACAUUCCGUUCCGUUGUUCGUUCAUUUUUGUAAACACGCAAUGAUCACUGUGAUCCCGCUAUUUUACACAAUCGAGCACUCCGUUUUUUUUGACUUUGACUAUUGACGAAAAAAAGUGUUUGUUGUAAAUGGUCUCUUUUUGACAGAUUUCUACAACCACCGUAUACAGGUACACCCAAACAUGUAAUGGACAAUGAAAGUUUCUGGUAGGUUGGACAGGCAAGGAAUAGGCAUUGACAUGUACAAGCACUGUACAAACAGUGGUAGGAAAACAAUUAGCAUCAACUCGAAUUUGUCGCGGCUGACUGAAAUUUGAGCAUCUCAAUUCGAAAGGCUGACGGAUUGUUCCAUAACUGAGCUGCCUGACCGUUCAAUGGACUGUCAUUGUUUGGUUCUGAGACGUACAAAUGGCGGGAAUCAAUGUCGUUUUACAGCAGACCGGCUAGGAUAGCUUAGUUUUACACCACACAACAAGACUAUGCGAUUGAUGGUACUCUUCACAAGACAUGACAGAACAAGCUUUAGUCAGUAGCCCAUUACUACUAUUGGGAAAUGAUCCCAAAACAGACUGAAAUAUUCUUCGGAAAAAAAUGGGGUGCAAGCAUUAAAAAGUGGACAGUGGGAACAGGGUAAGUGAUAAGAUCAACUCAUGGGACUCUCCGUUCAGGAGAUCUCAGAAUGGUGUAUUGGGACUACCUCAAAACCUCUGCCCUUUCAAUAGUGGGUGUUUGAACGGAUGCUUCUCAGGUCAGAAAUUUGUACCCAUAUAUACUAAAUGCGCCAGGAGUGCAAGCUUUUCAGUCCACUACCGUGGGUCCUGCGGAUGAAAAUCAGUCCUUAGCGAGGUCUACACAGAUGCCAGUGUGCUCCAGUAUUCUUUCCAUCUCCACGUGGUAAAGACGAAUAACAAUCGAUCGGACGUGUGGAUGAGUCAGAGUCCAAGAUAUAAAUGAGUAUUACUAGGCUUCCGAGUUAGAUCGAACAGGGCGAAUGAUCCAACACGUUUGGAUAAAUAUAACCGAAGAUGAUCAUAGCAAAUUGUACAGUAUCUGAUAGUGAAAUGUCUACACCCCUAAUCGUAACUAGUUAGAUCAAUGUCAUCCCACCUGCCAGCAGACUCCGAAUUGAAAGAAGUAGGUUUUCAACUGUGAGCAAGGGUGACCAUUUCUCCUUUAGAAUAUCCAGACAAAUGGCGCCUUGAUGAUCCACGUUCGGAUGAUAACAUCUUGAGACGAAGCGCACAGUCGGGGGACUGUAAGGAUAGUUCGGGCCGAAUUCCAAAGAAAGCUUGUAGCGCUGUCCCUCAUAAACCUA